GGGGCAACAGACUUGAUGCGGGGACCGCUCGCGCUGCGACCACUGUUAAUUAAUUCUCUUUAGCUGGUGCAUUUUCUGUCUUGAAACGACACCUAAGGCGUGUGGAUGUUCACCCAGAUCAGUUAGACAAAGAUGGUCCCCCACUGAAUUUUCUUUUUAGAGUCUGGUGCGGGUGCAAGGGGCUUCCCACAAAGCUCACCCGAGGAAAUCCGGACUUUGGUCUUGACUGUAGAAAUAAAAACAAAAAGAAAAUCAAAAGCUGCCUCUGUCGUUCCAAGAUGAGAAGGCUCGCGAUCAUCUCUGGAAUAAUCUCCAAGUCGGAUCUCAGGCGGCCGGACCAAAUAGCUACGGAACUAACUGGUGGAUUCCUAAUCAGGAGAAACCCCCGCAGACAGCAUUGGCCUUGGGGUCUGGGUUUUACAGAAUUCUAGGGAGCACCAUUCCAGAGUAGUUGACCCGCCUGGGGAACUUGCCUUUCUGGGACCCAAGUAGCAGAAUCUGACAACUCGGUCUCUUUUAAGAGCACUUAACCCCGCUCCUGCAAACCGUAGAGGUUUCGUUCGAUUCUGCCGAUCUCUCUUUUCCCUGAGCUGUGUGUCUAGCCAAGCAGUGUUUCCUUCCGUGUCCCUGGCGAAGUCAGCCGAAUCUGAGGAUAGUGUUCCAGGGAAAGAGCUAAAGUACACACCUGGGGCAGAAGUCUGGAGCAAGCCGAAGUAAACACCCGCUCUGCUCUUCCCUUUGGGAAACGCUGGAACAUACUGCAAUGUUUGUGCCAUUACCUUAAACCAUUUUGUUUGCAAAUCAACAAAAUAAGAAGAUGAAAAACUAGCCUACUACUCGAAAAUGCAGGAAGCCCAAGAGUGCAGCGCUAGCCCCUGCAGCAGUGCCAGCGGGAGCUCCACCUUCUCCAACCAAACCCCAGCCAGUGUCAAAGAAGAGGAGGGCAGCCCAGAGAAAGAGCGCCCACCGGAAGCCGAGUAUAUCAACUCCAGAUGUGUCCUCUUCACCUACUUCCAGGGGGACAUCAGCUCUGUGGUGGACGAACAUUUUAGUAGGGCCCUUAGCCAACCUAGCAGCUACACCCCAAGCUGUUCCAGCAGCAAAACACACAGAAGUUCUGGACCCUGGAGAGCAGAAGGCACCUUCCCGAUGAACCAGCGCAGCUUCCCCGCCUCCUUCUGGAACAGCGCUUACCAGGCGCCCGUGCCCGCGCCCCUGGGCAGUCCUCUGGCCGCCGCGCACUCGGAGCUGCCCUUUGCCACCGACCCCUACACUCCCGCCGCUCUGCACGGCCACCUGCACCAGGGCGCGGCCGACUGGCACCACGCGCACCCGCACCACGCGCACCCGCAUCAUCCCUACGCGCUGGGCGGCGCCCUAGGAGCGCAAGCCUCUGCCUACCCGCGGCCAGCAGUGCACGAGGUCUACGCGCCCCACUUCGACCCGCGCUAUGGGCCGCUGAUAAUGCCCGCAGCCUCUGGCCGCCCCGGGCGCCUGGCCCCUGCUUCAGCGCCCGCUCCCGGCAGCCCUCCCUGUGAGCUAGCCGCCAAGGGCGAGCCGGCGGGCGGCGCGUGGGCUGCGCCGGGGGGACCCUUCGUGAGCCCCGCGGGGGACGUGGCCCAGAGCCUGGGUCUCAGCGUGGACUCAGGUAAGCGGAGGAGGGAGUGCAGUCUCCCCUCUGCCCCUCCGGCACUGUACCCGACUCUGGGCUAAGCUCCGGGCGCGCCCACCCGAUCCCCCGACUUCCCUAGGGAAACACCCCCACCCCAGGACCAUGUGGCUAAGAGAUUGCAUGCCAUCAUUUGUUUCUACGGGUAGAUGUCUCUAGAAAGUAGCACCUUGCCCUCGGCCUGGCUCGGUGGUACAGAGGACUCUUUUUCUCCUUUGAAUAAAGUAAAGUGAAAACAAGAAAGAUUGUAGUCUGAGCUGGUCAGAAUGGUAGCCACACGUGACUACUGAGCCUUUGUGGUGUGUGGCUGGGAUGAAUGGUGAUGUGGUCAGACCUAAUACACACUGGAUUUCCAAAACUGAAAAGGAAAAUAAUGUAAAACCUCGCCUCGUUAACAUUUUAUACUGAGUUUGCAUGUUCUAAUAUGCCCAGCGGUUGUCUGUUGGUUAUAUUGGGUUAAAUAAAACACACUGUUAAAAUGA